GUGAGGGCGGCGGGAUGGCGGCGCUUUAUGCUUGUACCAAGUGCCAUCAGCGCUUCCCCUUCGAGGCGCUCAGCCAGGGACAGCAGCUCUGCAAGGAAUGUCGGAUUGCGCAUCCCAUGGUUAAAUGUACUUACUGUAGAACUGAAUUCCAGCAAGAAAGCAAAACCAAUACAAUAUGCAAGAAGUGUGCCCAGAAUGUGAAACUUUAUGGAACGCCAAAACCUUGCCAGUACUGCAACAUAAUUGCAGCCUUUAUUGGUAACAAAUGCCAGCGUUGUACAAAUUCUGAGAAGAAAUACGGGCCGCCACAUUCCUGUGAGCAGUGUAAGCAGCACUGUGCCUUUGACAGGAAAGACGACAGGAAAAAAGUGGACGGGAAGCUACUCUGUUGGCUUUGCACACUAUCUUAUAAAAGAGUGUUACAGAAGACCAAAGAACAGCACAAACACCUGAGCACCUCUUCUCGGACAAGCCUGCCAGAGAAGGAACAGUACGGGCGGCUUAGCAGCAGCAGCCAUUACAACAGCCAGAAAACAUUAUCUACAUCUUCUAUUCAGAAUGAAAUUCCAAAGAAAAAGCCCAAGUUUGAUGCCAUAUCAGCCAAUGGGGACAGCGUUCCUUCCUCUCCCGAGAUGCUUUGCCCCCCUAUCCAGAGUGCCCCGUCCGUGUUGGUGCAGUGGGCUGCGUCCCAACAGAGUCUCGGUGCCCAUGAUUGUCCUGUUUCUCAAGGCACUGACAUCCUGAAUUUUUCUCCAGACCUUGCCUUGGACUCUCCUGGCACUGACCACUUUGUCAUCAUUGCCCAACUGAAGGAGGAAGUGGCUACUCUCAAGAAAAUGUUGCACCAGAAGGAUCAGAUGAUCCUGGAGAAAGAGAAGAAGAUAACUGAACUGAAAGCUGAUCUACAGUACCAAGAAUCCCAGAUGAGGGUUAAAAUGAACCAAAUGGAAAAGACUCACAAGGAAGUUACAGAACAACUGCAGGCCAAGAACAGAGAGCUCCUGAAACAAGCUGCAGCUUUAUCCAAGGGCAAAAAACCCGAGAAGUUAGGAGCUAUAACUUCCCCGUAAACACAGUGGGAACUCUUCCCACACUAAGGAUUCUUUCAGCUGCAAACCCCUUGGUUCCUUUCCAGAACCUCACUUUGAUUGUUAUUGCUAUGGAAGCCUCUGUGUGUGACCAUUCAAUAGCAUGCUUGAGUGUUGGGUUUAAUUCUCCUGUCAUAACACAAUAAGAAUGGCUGGGGGGGCCUGCCUUUUACUACCCCCAUCCUUCUGAGCCCAUGAUCAAAACACUUUUGAUGUAGAGGGGGGUUUUUCUCAUUCAUUUCUAUUAUCACUGCCAGUCGAGAUGGUGAGGAGAAAGGGAGUAGAAUCAAUCUCCACAGACCUCUGUUGCUUUCUCUUUAAGGAGGCAUAUGGUGAUGGGAGCCAAAUUUCAUCUAGCUUUCUAAAAGGAAAUACUGAUUCUUUCGAGGGUGCUUACAUGUUGCGUUGGUAUUCAGAACACCUCGAGACCAUUGCUUGAAUAUUUUAGUUUGCAGAACUGGCAGCAGGAUUGAAAUCAUCAAUUGCCUGUCAGAAAUCUAGAGGUUUAAAGGUCUCUUGGUAAAAUAACGGGAGACAUUAAUUUGGAGGGAAGGUUUCACUAAUUAGGUUUUUACUUAUCCAGUGUUUGUAUUGUGCUAACUUAUAUGGCAUUGCUUUUUAUUGUUUUGAGAAUGGGAUGUGGGGGGGAUUCAACAUAGCAAGAUCUGUCGGCUGAUUUUUCUGUUCUUUCAUUCUGUUUGGGGAGUGCCGUUGCUGAGAGAAGGUUGUUUUCUACUGAGAUGCAGAGGUAGGGUGAGGACACUCACAAGGAAUACGGGGGUCAUUCAGUAGUAGCCAGACACAGCUAUGCGGAGUUUCUAGGGAGCUGGGCAGAGCAUAGGUAUCAUAUUUUUGGUUAGCUUGGCAACACUGCAAAGGUAUUCUAGGUAAGCUGGGAAAGAAGGGUGGUUGUUUCCCUGAAAUGAUGGGGGAUUCCCAGGAAAAGGAGACUGCCUGGAGUGCCCCAUAAGGUCAGCAAAGACUCUAACCCCUGUCCUAAUUAGUGAAGAGGUGAGAGGAGAUGAACUCUGUGAACCCUGAAGGCAUCUCUUGGGAAAUAGCAAAGACUCAGCAGCAGCUGAAGGCCUGCGAGUAGGUCCUUGGCGUGGCCACUCCCUUGAGCUCUGAAAGGAGGGGCUGAGGAGAAGCCCCCCACUGUGCAGGUACAUCUUACACAGGAACCUGAGGUGCAAGAUUCACCACGGUACAAGGGACAUUUGCUGCAGCUGAGUUUUAAUGCAUAUUUCAAUAAUACACACAUUAUUAAGGAUAAUUUUCCUCACUAGCACUUUGAAGACCUACAAGCCUACAAGAAAGAACAUUGAAAGGAAUACAUUGCUGUGGGUUAUUUAUUUUUUAUUUUUAAACAGACAAACUUUAGCCUUCUUAAGAAUCCAUUGCACUGGAAGGAGUGUAACAGCAGAAACCUAGUUUUAUACUUAAAACAUUUUUAGGAGCAACUAAUUCACAGAAAUUUAAUUGGGAAUGGUUUUUAGCUUCCUCAGUCCACAAAAAAAAAAAAAAAAAUUAAGUCAAGGAGAAGGAUUUUUCUGUAAAUAGCAUUUUUUUCUUAAUUGUGGCAAUUUGAUCAUGCAUUCAAGUGGGUGAUUUCUAGUGAUACUUUCUUUUCUUUCUACGUUUGUAACAUUAGCAAUUUUGAAGAGAUACGUUGAUUUGUACAAAAAGAAAUGUAAAAUAAAAAUGUGGUUUUGGGAGGGGGGAAUCUUUCAGUGGUUUCACGUUUUGAUAUCUUGUCUAUAUGCCUUUCUUGGUUGAGUCAGCAAAGAGAAUCCGUUUUUCCCUUGACUCAGGCCUGAUGCAGCCACAGGCCAUCUGCGUGAAGCACAAAGAGCUUUUGGUGCUAUUGUGAAAUUUGAUGUACGUAGAGAAUUAAACAGUAUUUUCUGUAA